GCAGGCCAGCGGCCAACUGCCCCUUGCACUGCUUUAUAAACCAAUCAAUGGCUGUAACUCGAAACUCAAGUCUUGAGAGAAGCUGAUAGAAUUGGGAGAGUUGAGAGAUGAGGAUUCAGAAUUUCCUUCGUGCAGUUGUUUUGGGUUUCUGGGUGCUGGUUUUGAGUUCGCUGCUGAGCUUCUGCUGUGGCCAUGACAAGGCUGUAGUAGUAGAGGUCAUUGGGUCUGCUGAAUGCAGAGACUGCCCAGAAGCCACCAGUUGGUCCAUUUCAGGUCUUGGGGUCACCAUUGACUGCAAGCUUCCAGACGGAGAGCUCGAAACAAGAGGCGUUGGACAGCUUGACGAUGAAGGCAAGUUCAAAGUCUCUAUUCCGGCAGACAUGUUAGAGGAUAUGGGAAAGCUGGAGGAGAACUGCUUUGCACAGCUUCACAGGGCAUCUGCGGCGCCAUGCCCUUCCGGCUAUGGCCUUGCCUCGUCCAAGUUAAUCUUUCACUACAAAUCCAGUGAAAAGCAGACUUUCAGCACCGCUGGAAAACUAAAGUUUUCGCCGGCUCCGUGCACCUCUGCUCUCACUUGGCCUCACCCGUGGAAAAUGCCCUUCCCGAAGGUCUACCUCCCGUGGCCGCCAUUCGGCAUCAUUGGCCAUCCCUUUCCCUUUCUUCACCACCAUCACCAUCUCUUCCCUCCCCCGCCAGUGGAAUCGCCGCUUCCGCCACCUGCUCCAACAUAUGAGAAGCCGCUCCCCCCGCCUGAGUCAAAGCCACCGGAGGUCUCUCCACCAAUACCUGAGCAGCCCCUCCCACCGCCACCAGAAGAGAAACCAUUGCCUCCCCCUGCACCUAUAUAUGAGAAGCCGCUACCACCUCCUGAGUCGAAACCGCCGGAAGUCACUCCCCCAGUACCUGAGAAGCCGCUCCCGCCGCCUCCGGAAGAGAAGCCGCUCCCGCCGCCUGCACCCAUAUAUGAGAAACCUCUUCCACCUCCCGAGUCAAAACCACCGGAGGUUGCUCCACCGCUACCUAAACAACCCCUCCCACCUCCUCCAGAAGAAAAACCAUUACCUCCUCCUGCACCCAUAUGUGAGAAGCCUCAUCCACCUCCUGAGUCAAAUCCACCGGAGACUCCUCCACCAGUGCCUGAGAAACCACCAGUAGAGAAACCGCUGCCACCACCUGCACCAGAAUAUGAGAAGCCGCCAAAGGCUGCUCCACCAUUACCUGAAAAGCCUCUGCCGCCGCCUGCGCCCGUAUAUGAGAAGCCACCGGAGGCGGCUCCACCUAUCCCUGAGAAGCCCUUACCACCGCCGCCAGAGGCUGCUCCACCAUUGCCUGAAAAGCCUCUGCCGCCUCCUGCGCCCGUAUAUGAGAAGCCACCGGAGGCCGCUCCACCGAUCCCUGAAAAGCCCUUACCACCACCGCCAGAAGAGAAACCACUGCCGCCGCCGGAAGAGAAGCCGCUCCCACCGCCUGCGCCCAUAUAUGAGAAACCGCUUCCACCUCCCGAGUCAAAACCACCGGAGGUUGCUCCACCGCUACCUAAACAACCACUCCCACCGCCUUCAGAAGAAAAACCAUUACCUCCUCCUGCACCCAUAUGUGAGAAGCCUCAUCCACCUCCUGAGUCAACGCCGCCGGAGGCUCCUCCACCAGUGCCUGAGAAACCACCAGAAGAGAAACCGCUUCCACCACCUGCACCAGAAUAUGAGAAGCCGCCAAAGGCUGCUCCACCAUUACCUGAAAAGCCUCUGCCGCCGCCGGCUCCCGUAUAUGAGAAGCCACCGGAGGCGGCUCCACCUAUCCCUGAGAAGCCCUUACCACCGCCGCCAGAGGCUGCUCCACCAUUGCCUGAAAAGCCUCUGCCGCCGCCUGCGCCCGUAUAUGAGAAGCCACCGGAGGCCGCUCCACCGAUCCCUGAAAAGCCCUUACCACCACCGCCAGAAGAGAAACCAUUGCCGCCGCCUACACAUGAGAAGCCACCGGAGCUCUGUCCUCCAGUACCUGAGAAACCGCUUCCGCCGCCUGUGCCCAUAUACGAGAAGCCGCAUCCACCUCCUGGUCCAGUUUACAAACCAAAACCACCAAUGCAGAAGUCUCACCAAAAACCAGCUGUUCCAGAGGAGGAGGAGCAAAUGCCGCCAUAUUGGAAGCCUCGUCAUCAUCCAUUUCUGAAGAUCCCCAAGAAAGCUUUUCCACCACUUCCAAAGCUGCCUCCCUUCCCUAAGGUUCCUGGAUUUCACCAUCCCUGGUUUGGAGCCUUGCCUCCAUUGCCUCCUAAACAGUCAUCAUCUUUAGGCUACCAUCCAGAUCGAGCUUAAAAGCUUGGAUAAAUGGUGUUUUCUGCGAUAAGCU